GUGGCUCCCUCUUACUCUGACCAUGCAGACAUACCUCCCCAGCUCGACUCUGCCCAGGGCGUUCCACACCCCAGUCAGGGACGAGGAGGCGGAGUCCCAGAGGAAGGCCCGGUCCCGGCAGGCCAGACAGACCCGCAGGUCAACACAGGGUGUGACCCUAACGGAGCUCAAAGAGGCUCAGAGGAGCUACGGCCCCGACUGUAAGCAUGCAGAAGAGGAUGAGGCCGCGGGGAAGACAGGGUCACCGGAGGACCAGCCGCUCGCCAUCAGCCUGACGAAGGCCGUGAAAUCCCAGGAGCUUAGUCCAGCCUGGAGCCAAACGGAUGAGGAGGGAAACGUUGAGUCCAGACUGGAAGCUCAGGCUGAGUGUCCGGCAGCAGACCAAUCCAAUGCAUCCCCCAGUGGGCUGUCUAGCCUUCCAGACACGAGCAUCACCAACAGCAAGUCCUGGAGAGUGAGUGAGAGAUGGAGGACAGAUGAGAAUCAGAAUCCGAUCCACGAUGCAGACCAACUAUCUGCUGACACGUCACUACAGGCACCACUGGGCUAUGACAUGGACCUCUCUGAAUCGUCCUAUACACAGGUAAAAAGGCUGAUGCUGUAA